AUUUGCGUUUUGACUUUCUGGCGUGCAAAAUGGAUAUACAGCAGCUCUUUGGCGGCGUAAGGUUUCAGUCACAAUCUGGUGUUGACAGCCCCGUAACCGAUACGGCCGAGACGGUCCACAUCUCAUCACUAGCGCUUCUCAAGAUGCUAAAGCAUGGACGUGCGGGUGUUCCCAUGGAGGUGAUGGGGCUCAUGCUGGGAGAAUUCGUGGAUGAUUACACGGUCCGGUGUGUUGAUGUAUUUGCGAUGCCUCAGUCGGGGACGGGCGUCUCCGUGGAGGCGGUCGAUCCAGUUUUCCAGGCUAAAAUGAUCGACAUGAUCAAGCAAACCAACAGGAACGAAGUUGUGAUUGGAUGGUACCAUAGCCAUCCAGGAUUUGGGUGUUGGCUGUCGGGCGUGGAUAUGAGUACUCAGCAGAGUUUCGAGCAGUUGAACCCAAGGGCGGUGGCCGUGGUAGUCGACCCCAUUCAGAGCGUGAGAGGAAAAGUUGUGAUUGAUGCGUUUAGACUUGUCAACUCGCAGCUUUCUGUCCUUGGACAGGAAGCUCGUCAAACAACUAGCAACAUUGGGUACUUGCAGAAGCCGUCUAUCCAGGCACUUAUUCACGGUUUGAAUCGUCACUACUAUUCUUUAGUGAUCAAUUAUCGAAAGAACGAGCUUGAGCAAAAAAUGCUGGCCAACUUGCACAAAAAGAAAUGGACAGACGCACUUUCGAUGACGCCCUACGACAAGCAUGCGAAGUUCAACGAAAACACGGUGGAAAAGAUGCUAUCGCUGGCUAAGGAGUACUCGAAGGUUGUUCAGGAAGAGGAGGACAUUCCUCCCGAGAAACUGUUGGUGCAAAAAGUGGGUAAGCUAGAUCCCAAGAAGCAUUUGGAACAAGAUUUGCAGAAGCUGAUGGCAUCCAACAUCAUUCAGAACUUAGGGACGAUGCUGAAUACAAUAGCCAUAUAGGGUCCGAGCGACGUAUGCACAGUUGAGACGCGGUCUGUAUAGGGAGGAUGAGGCGGUGUUACACGGGAAUUUUUAUUUUACAAUUUAACGCGAAUAUCGUGUG